AAAAACGGAAAGAAAUCGUUCAAUAUAUAGACUUGACUUUGGGUUUGGCGCCAGAGUGCUGAGGGAAGUAGAAAUACCCCAGCGUCAGCACUCCGUUCCUCCCCUGCCAGACGUGAACUAAUUCCUCGGAGUCCCUCCCAGCAGGCCAGCACACUCACACAGGAUCCCCACACUCAUCGCUUUCCUCACAGACAUGCGGGUGGCAGCGUUUCCUCGGCUCCUUUCCCCCCUUUUUGAUUAGUGAUAGCGGGAGGAGGAGCGCGGGAAGGGGGAGAGGCCGCGGCGGUCAGUACAAGAGUUUCUCCGGCAGUCCAGACCAGCAGCGGGGAGCGGAGCGGAGCGGAGCGGGAGACUCGGGAUAAAUUGAACUGCCUGCCACACAAGAGUUCCCUGGACGCCAAGUUUCUCCCGGCGGUGUAGCAGCUGGAGCAGUCUGCGGCCCUUAAAAGACAGCUUCAUACACUUCGCUGAUGCUUAAGUUUCCCCCUAGCGGUCGCAGUUUGAGGGCCGCAAGGUACCCACACACACUUAGAGGGUCCUCAAGUUUCUCCCAGCAGUGUAGCAGCGGGAGCGGUCCGAGGGCCUUAAGGAAGUCUCAUGCACGAGUUCAUGAGUUCGUUGGGCCUCAAGUUUCUUCGGCGGUCAAGCAGCGGGAACCAAACAGAGUUAAGACAGCUUCAUUACUCUGAGUCUAACUAGAGCGUACUUUCCUGCAGUGCUUCAGCAGCGGGAGGCAGUGGAGGGCCUUACCAUAGCCCCAUUACACUCUAUUGGACUAAGAGAAGCCUUUUAUUGAGCUGUGUGCAGUGACGUAGUGUUCAUGAGUAUGUGGGUCGCGCGCUGGAUCAUGUGGGUGCGCUACAGUAGGAUCUGAACCCACGUCGCGCUGUGAGGUGGAGUGCAGUGGACUUUCAGUGGAAGAAGGCACCAGGCAGCGCUCCUGCCGACUGUCCCCUGCCGCCCACACCACCAUCACCAACCACGCACACCCCGCUGGCUACCUCAAGACUACCCCCGUGGGAAGUGGCAUUUGGCCAUCGGGGGAGAGACCCCAUGGCUGACGGGGGGCUGGGCACGCUCGGCAACGGCACGGCGGGGUAUCUGCACAUUCCCAGAGGCCCUGCGACGCCCCCAGAUAGCAUAUACAGCGGCGCCCUUGACAGUCUGCCCGGGAGUACUGUGGGGGUGACGGAGGAGGCGCGGGAGGAGGAAGUCGCGGCAGGAGAGGCUGAUGAGGCCGGAAGGGCGCCACCACCUGGUUGACAUCCACGGCCUGGCGGUGUUCCUGAGGCGAUCCACCCGGUGCCUUUCAUGCCGCGCCGCCUUCUGCCUCUACGUCACCGGCAAGAUAUCGGCCCAGCUGGCGGCGGUCACGCAGGUUAAGAUCACGUGUCAGAAAUGCAACUACACCACCUCCCAGACGCUCUCCAAGCCUGCCGGUGCCCCAGACAGCCCCAGCCCCCCAGCCCAGCACCCCGACACAACCACCACCACCACCAGUACCCCCCCUACGCCCCCGGACACCAGCACAUCCCCAGUCCGCCCUCCACCUCCCCAUUGCCCGGGCAAACCACGCCACCAGACGGUCAUUAGACUACUGAAGGAGGAGAAUUUGACGAAGAAGGAGGCGCAGAAGAAGACACUAUCCAUGCCUGGCCUUCUCCCCCUGCAGCCCAUAGAGAAGGUGUGGGGUGAAGGAGGAGGACAAGCAGGUGUCCCCCCACGUCCCCCAAACAGGACGUGGAGGUGAGUGAGGACGGUGAGGUGGUAAUAAGCUCCCUAGAUCCUCUAAUGACGGAGUGGUGUCACCUCGCGGGGGCGUCCACCAGUACUGUUUCUUCUUCUUCGUCGUCGUCUCUGUCGUCGACGUCUUCUUCCUCUUCGUCUUCUUCCUCUUCGUCUUCGUCGUCACAGCCGUCACGCCACGUCGGUAGUAGUAAUGGAGUUUCCAGCAGCGCCGUCACCACCACCACCACCCCUGCCACUAGCCGCGUGUCGCCCCCCCAGCCUGCAGCCCUGCACCGCCCCCCUCAGCCCCCUCGCCAAGCCCCACGAGGCACCUGACGCCGCUCCCAUCACGUCCACCAUCAUCCACCGGCACCUUGCCACCCUGCAGAGGAGGCCAACGCACUCCAGAAGGGCGUGUCUUUUCCCUCCGCCAGCUCCUUCAGUGUGGUCCCUAAUCCCUGCCCUGCCGUCAUGCCCUCAGAAGGACUCUUUACCAUGCUCUCAGGGACGUCAGCUCCUUACACUCUUCCCAUAACCUCCUCCAUCCUUCAGGGCAACGUCUCCGCGACCCAAGACUCCCCGCAGCUCCUCCAAGCGCUGGAAAUCAAACAGAAACUCGAGAGGGACCUGGAGGAGUCUUUGCGGUUGGUGAGGCGUAUGAUACAGCUGGAUCCUGACGCGGCGCCUCCGUCAGGGAAGAAGAACAAAGAGACCAGGAGUGCCAAGGUGUACCAGGAGUCCCUCAAGCAGCCCCAGAUGUACGGCGCCACCGGGGAUGUCCUAGUGGGGAGUCUUCAACCUGCAGUGAUAUCUGGGGACCUGCUGACGAAGGGUGAUGGUGGUGGCGGCGGUGGCAGCUUGAAGAGUAAGGAGCGGAGAAAGACCACAACGAGGACCACGCCCAGAAGCAGAGGUGUCAAGGAGAGCAGCGGCAGGAAGGCGACGCGAAGGAGGGCGGGGAAGGGCAGGAAGUGCGGCGGCGGUGGCAGCGACGAGGAGGACAACGAAGGGAACGUGAAGAGGAGGAGGAAAUCAACACGGGCCUCGUUCUCCCAGACUUCAGACGUGCAGCAGGACGCAAGCCAUGGCUCCCUCACCCCUUCAGCCACUCCUGCAGCACACCAGCAGUGCCCCACGAGGACUGAGCGAUGCCUGGCCGGUGUGGAACGCGGCCUGUAUGACGCACUCCACCACUCCUUACCUAGGGACACCAAGGGGCAGGAGAGGAAAGGAGAACACACUGAAGGAGGCAGCCACAGACCGCCACAGGUGUCACACGCUUUCCCCGCCAAGCACAGCAGCAGCCCGCCCUCCUCCACCUCAGACACCCUCAAAAGUAACCUGGACGCCUGGGGACACGCGCAAAGGAUACCAGAAGGAUACUCCUCUAGGAAACGGCAGAGGAAGAGCACCAUGGAUGAAUCCCUGAGCGGCCUCAAUCAGACAGUCGCCCUGGCGCAGAUCCUGGCCUCCCUGCAGCAAGGAGGGCACGCCACGGCAUCCCCAGCAGGAGUGAAAGAGGACCCAACCCUGCCCCCUUCCCCUGCUGUACCCGAUCACUUACUGGACACCCUGCAGAAGAAUCUAAACAUGCUGGUGCAAAAGAACUCCCUUCGCUUAGCCCUGCGUGGCCUCGUCAGGAGAAAACAUGCAUCACGCUCUUCCAAAUCGAGAAAAUACGUAAAAAUUAGCUUGGGCGUGGGCGAGGAGGCGGAGGAAGAAGAGGAGGAGGAAGAGGAUGAGGCGAUGAAGGGGGAUGCGUCUUCUGCAGGAGGGAGUGAGAAGAACGAGGCAGGCCAGGAGGAAGGCAGGACGGCCACGUGGCGGUUCCAUGACCUUCUCUCCAGCGACGAGUCAGACGCCGAGGAUGGCAGGCUGGUCAUUGAUACCGACUGAGGGCAACAGGUCAGCAGGUCAGAAGGUCACCAGGUCAAGCAGGCUGUUAGCAGUUGUGACGUAGACUAGUCAUUACGUAGGUGUGUGUGUGUGUGUGUGUGUGUGUGUGUGUGUGUGUGUGUGUCUCUCUCUCUCUCUCUCUCUCUCUCUCUCUCUCUCUCUCUCUCUCUCUCUCUCUCUCUCUCUCUCUCUCUCUCUCUCUCUCUGUUUCCUGUUCUUUUCUUCUUCCUCUUCUUCUUCUUCUUCUUAUUCUUAUUAUUAUUAUUAUUACUAUUAUUAUUCUGUUCUUUCGCUAGACAGAAUCCAAUGGUGUACAUAUUUGCUAGAUAUUAUUGUAUGUAUGUAUGUGUGUAUGUAUGUAUGUAUGUGUGUUUGUAUGUAUGUAUUUCUAUGAAUGUUAUGAUUUCUUUUUACAUUUAUUUUUUAACUGAUUUCCAAGGACCAGAUACAGUAGAAGAUAGUCACAAAUUAUAUUAGUGUUAAGUACAUGUGGGUAUCAUUUUUCUUCGUCCAAUAGAUGGCAGUAGUAAGAGUACAAUAAUUUGUGUUCGCGUACGAUGACAAACUAGAAAUGAAAAAAAUAAACAGAGAAAUAGAUACGUGUGUGUGUGUGUGUGUGUGUGUGUGUGUGUGUGUGUUAGGAAGUAGGCAAAAUAGUACAACAAUAAAUUAAAUUAACAUUCGGGUAGAUUACCUAGAGGAAAAAAGACAAAUAAAAGAAAAAAACAGAUAUACUAAUGAAUAACAAAAGAAAAGAAAAUGGAAAGUGUAACAAAAAAUAAAUGAGACAAAUAA